CACAACCACCGGAGCGACCACACCCACCGAGGUGGCCACAACCACCGGAGUGACCACACCCACCGAGGUGGCUGCAACCACCGGAGCGACCACACCCACCGAGGUGGCCGCAACCACUGGAGCGACCACACCCACCGAGGUGGCCACAACCACCGGAGCGACCACACCCACCGAGGUGGCCGCAACCACCAGAGC